AAAAACACACACAAUUCAUUUCACAACGCGAACGAAUUCUAUAACUUACGAUUUUUUUGUUAAUAAAAGUAAUUUUUAAAUAAAUAAAAAAUUAAGAUAAAAAACGAAAAAUGCAGUUAUUAUUAACUAACUUUGGUAAAAACAAGCAAAUAAAACCAUUGCUUCAGUUACUGGCAACCAGAGCAUUCAGUGGAUCACCCGUAGUAACAGCACCUACAACAUCCACCGAACACUAUGAUAUAAUUAUAGGUGGUGGAGGCUUGGUAGGCACAACAUUGGCUGCCGCUUUGGCUACAAAUAAAACAAUGGCCGAUAAAAAGGUAUUGUUAUUGGAAGGAGCGCCACCAUUUAAAGGAUUCAGCACCAGCCAACCAUAUGGAAAUCGUGUCUCUGCUAUUAAUAAAAAUAGUAUUGCUUUAUUCGAAUCGAUUGGAGCUUGGGAACGUAUGCUGAAUGCUAGAGUUAAGCCAGUUAAACAAAUGCAAGUAUGGGAAUCGAAUAGUGACGCCUUAAUACAAUUUCAACAUGACCAUUUUGCACAAGAUGUGGCUUGCAUAGUGGAAAAUGAUUUAAUGUUGGAUGCGGUAUAUAGUCAACUAAAAGAUGCUGCUCCGAAUGUAUUAGUGCGCAAUUUGUCUCGUAUUUCAGAGGUUAAACUGCCCUCCGACACGGGCAAAGGAGUUUCCGAGGUUACAUUGCAAAGUGGUGAAAAAUUUACCUGUGAAUUAAUAAUUGGAGCCGAUGGUGCCAAUUCGUUAGUGCGCAAACAAAUGGGUGUUGAUGUUUUCAGUCUAAACUAUGAGCGUAUGGGCUUAGUGGCAACAUUGGAGUUAAGUGAAGCUGCAGACAAUUCAGUUGCUUGGCAACGUUUUAUACCCACAGGACCUGUGGCACUGUUGCCUUUAACCGACAAACUUAGCUCCUUAGUAUGGAGCACUACAAUUCCUCAUGCCAAGGAGUUACUCAAUAUGGCUCCUCAGGAAUUUAUUGAUGCUUUGAAUGAGGCCUUUUGUAAGGAAUUUCCAAAAAGUGAUUUAACGGACAAGGCUCUAAGUACUUUAAAUUCCAUAAUGGGUCGUAGUUCUGCAACAAUGAGACAAUAUCCUCCCCGUGUAAGUGGUGUUUUUGAAAAAUCACGAGCCACAUUCCCGUUGGGUUUCUUACAUGCCUCUUCGUACGUUUGUACUGGUGCUGCUCUUAUUGGAGAUGCUGCCCAUCGCUUACAUCCAUUGGCCGGACAAGGUGUUAAUUUAGGUUUCAGUGAUGUAGGCUAUUUAAUUGAAACUUUAGCUGAGGCUGCUUACGCCGGUGCCAAGUUGGGCGAUAAACAAUAUCUAAUGAAAUACGAACAAAAGUGUCUAAAUAAAAACGUACCCAUACUAGUGGGUGUUCAUGGAUUACAUACACUCUAUUCAACUACCCUAACUCCGGUAGUACUUUUACGUAGUUUGGGUCUACAAUUAACUCAUAACAUACCACAAAUUAAAGAUAUUUUCAUGAAGAGAGCAAUGGGCUAAGAGUAGUGUGUUAAAAGUUAACAUAAGUUUGGUAAAACAUUUUUAAAAUUGUUUUGUAAUGUAAUAUUUUUGUUAAUAAAAAAGAAUAAAAUUCUUCUACAAAUUUAAUAAAUGGGAA